AUGUCAGACGUCAGCAUUAAUUCCACCUUUAGGACAACUUUGAUUGAGUUAUGCGAAACUGCAACGUGGAUCACAUCUCAAGUCUUCGCCGCUAAGAAUUUGGAGAAAAAUGAUUUAGUCACAAUAGAAACUAAAAUAAAUGCAUUGUAUCCCAUUACCGAAAAAUACGAUAGAUCAUUUAGAACUACUACUGUUAUUUUGGACGAAGAACUAAUCUUGAAAUUGGAAAAUGCAGCAUCAAGCUUAUGGAACUCGUUGACCAUCGCCAUGAAAGCAGAGAAAGCAUCAGAUGAAUAUUUUAGAGAAGUCUUUUGCAGAUCUAAAAUCUUUGCAACUAAGCUUCUAUCCAUUCAUGAAGCUUUGUUCCGGACGAAUUCAAACCUUCUAAGGACCUUCAAAUGUUACAUAAGUUCUUUCAAAACAGCUAGCGAACAACAUUUCAAAGAGCAAAUAGCCAACACGCAACAACACACAGAAAAAUACUUUCAAAUAAUCAAUGAGCAGGUGGGAAGUUUCUCCCACGAGGAGAAAAUCGAAUUCAAAAAACUCACUUUCGAGUUCUAUUUAGUAAAUUUUCAGAUAUGUCUUUCAGAAAAUGACCUGGAUACCGCAAAAAUUUACACUUCAAAAGUCAACAUCACUGAUAAUUCUAUAUACAUGGACGCAGAUUUGCUCAUUGAAUUAUGCAGAAUGAUCUAUAACGCCGCAGUUUUGUUGAAAGAAAGUGAUAUUCCCGAGACACAGCAAGUAAAUACAAACAUUAUUUAUUUCUUGAAGGAGGUGGAAAAAUACUUAGAGCUACCUGUGGAAAAUUUGAAAUCCCAUACCGAUUAUAGUAAUUUGAGAUACUCAGUUUUGAUUUUCAUGUUAAAUUGCUUAGUUGAAGGAUAUCCACAAGUUUCUGAACUAGAGCAAUGUGAUUACUAUUUAGGUCUUUUACAAAACGAAUAUCCAAAUAAAGUGGACCCCUUCAUACUGGCCAUUAAGUUGGUUAAGCGGAAAGAUAUCACAAACCCAGCAGAAACCAUAGAAGAAAUUUUGAUGCGAAUGAUUAUGUCAGCCAAUAUCACUUCAAACUUUCAAACGAUCAUGGCCUCAAUCAAUGAUCUUUCAGAACUAAACACUAAAUUAUCUAUAGUGUGCCUUGACUAUUUGCUAUUCAAUAAGUUGAAUUCUAAAAACGAUAAGAAACUACUGGAAAAAGCACUUUGUUCUAGAUUUUUAAUAACGACUCAAUCUAAAACAAUGAAGGAUUCUGAAAUGGCGGAAAGUUUAGAUGAUUUCUGUGCUCAGAUUGAGAGAAUAUUAUCAGAACCGCUCUCGAAGCAUGCUAUAUCCUGUAUAAUAACUCUAUUAUGGAAUACAGGAAAAAAAUUAGAAAAGAUGGAAAACUACGUUGAUAGUAUCAAAUUUUACAAACUCGCACUUAAAGAUAUUAUAAGUCAAAACUAUUCUGAUCGGGGGAAAAUUCAAAGGGCUUUGCAAGUUGUAUAUAAUAAAAUCCAUGACUACUCGAACACGUUGAAAAUCUAUCAGCAUAUGGAUGAAGUGGACAAACAGUCUCCACUGUGCCAACUUUUAAUAUUGCAAUUCUUUUUAGCAAAUGAUAACACGGAGGAAGCGCUUACGUGUCUCCGGCAGAUAAAGUCAUCUGAAGACGAAAGAAGUACAGAAGCUCUUAUACUAGCAGUGGCAGAAUGUAAAAGGAAGACAGAUUUGUCCGUUCAAGGUCUCCUAAUGCUUUUCGAGAAAUUACAGUCUAAGAGUAAUCCGCAAAGUAUCUCCCCCACCUCGGGUUCUCAAACACUAAGCAUACUAAGAUAUACUCUACAAAUGAUUGUCAAAGUGUCAGAAGAGGAGUCCCGAGAAACGUUUGUUAACUAUUUGCCGACUGUGGAGAAGCUCGUACUGAAAGCAAUUGAAUUUCUCAGAACUGUAAAGUUACUCAAUGAAUUACCAUCAGACGUCGAGAAAGAGGUAAUUUAUCAACAGUCAGUGACCGUAAAUGAGAUAGAAUGGUUUGCAUCGUUUUCAUAUAAUGUCGCCGUGAAAUGUCUGACUGAUGAGUCCUGUGAAUCUGUCUCCCAUUUCCCGCAAUAUUGCAUUCAACUUAUUGACCUCAUUCCUAUUCAAGACUUCACUUUCCCAAAAAUGUACCACUUCACAUAUUGGAAAUUCAAAGCUGUAAUCUUGCAGUUAAUGAUAUCCAAGGAAGAAGUAAUGCAAGAUCAGCGCAUAAAAUUUCAAGGCAUUUAUGAGAAAUCAGGCGAACUAGUUAAUAGCAUAAAUGUUAUGAGAAAAAGCUCAGAAUUCAAAGAUGGAUCAUCUCCAGAGGAUAAAAAAACACUAAAUGAAUGUUUUCUGGAAGCGCUAACAAUACAAGUGGAAAGUGCAUUAACUAUUAGUGAUCAAACUAAGAUUCUAGACAUAUUAAAGAAAACAGAGACAUAUCAAAAUAGCGGCGUGGAUUCGUUACUGAUCGAUGUCUCAUCGAAUAUGGAAGAUUUACCUAAAGGGAUUCUUGUGGAGAUAAUUGAAACUGUCUUGAGCAGAAACAUAGGUACAGAAAUAAAGCAAGAUGAACUCUGUACUUGGCUGCGAAUUCUACUGGAAAAUGCCAUGCAUCUUAAUCAUGAGGUCAACCUGCGCACGUUGGAGAGGGUUUUUAAGAUUUUAGAAUUAAAUCAAUUGAGUCUUUUGGAUACCGACGGUACUCUUCAAAGAGAAUUAGAAACUAUAGCUACCUAUUGUUGGAACAUAGGCGUCAACUGCAUAAUCAAAGAAAACAAAACUGAUGGAAUUGUUUGGUGUAAGCACUCAAUGGGUUUCGCAGACAUGGUCAAUAAAGGCUUGCGGGAGCAAUUGUAUUCAUUAUGGGAAUCAUUAGCAAGCUCCGCUAAUAUCGACGUCAAUAGUGUCGUCACGUAA